ACACAGAUUGAUGGCCCAAGAAUUCGGUUCCGAGCUCUCUCUGUUCCUACUUGGACGUAUCGGUGGAGCGCACUCCAUCAGCAUAACUCUCCUCCUCUGUUUUCGUUCGUUUCGUCCGAAUCCAUCGUCAUCUCCCCCACAGAUUUGACUCUCCACCGCCUUCUAUUCUACAUCUCGCCGUGCUCGACCAACUACUUUCCAACUAAGCUGGCCUUCUUCGAUUUCCUAUUCCAGAAGCUCGAGGAGCUUUGAAGCCCCCGCAGCGCCCGAAGACUGCGUCUUUGUUCUGUCAUGUGGAGACCGAACGCGAUGCUGAGAGCUGAUCUACCAUUUCUUGCUGUAAAGAUCGUACCUUGAAGCCCUGCUGCGGUUAAAGACGGAAUCUUUGUUGUGUCUUGUAGAGAGGAGGAGGAGGAGGAGGAGGAGGCGAUGAUGUUGAGAGCUCGAGAGCAGCGAAGAGAGAACGACCGCAACAAGAAGGAGAAGGAAGUGGUGAUGCAGCCUUCCAUAUGGGGGCGUCUGCCUGACGAGCUCCUGGAGCGCAUCAUCGCCCUCCUCCCCCUCCGCACCAUCCUCGCCCUCCGCCCCACCUGCCGGCGAUUUAGCUGCCUCCUCUCCUCCCCGGCCUUCCUCUCCCUUCUCCACGCCCACAACUCCCUUGCCUUCCUCCUCCUCUCCCACCCCCAGUUCUCCCACCGCUGCCUACCGCUCUACGAUCCAGCCGCUGAUGGGUGGCGCUCCGUCCCCCUCCCCCCAUCAUCCACCUCCGGAUCCGCUUCCCCCUCCUCGCUCCUCCUCCUCUCCGCCGCCUCGGGACUUCUGCUCUUCGCCCUUGGCCGUUCCUCGCUCCUUGUCGCGAACCUCCUCACGAACGCCUCAAAGGUCCUCCCUUUGCCCACAUACUCCGCCGCCCCCUCAUCCGCCACCCUCGUUUCCCUUCCCUCCCGUUCCAACUCCACCCAUGGGUACAAGAUCUUCCUCCCCUGCGCCUCCGACGACGACGUCUUCGUCUACGAUUCCGCCUCCCUCGCCUGGACCCGCUUCCCCGGAUUCGAGCCCGUCCUCGGGCGACGGAAUCCGCACCAAGGCGGCGCCUUUUUCGACGGGUCGCUCUAUUUCACCACCCCCGAGCCCUUCUCCACGGUAGGCUUCGAUCUCCGGAACGGGGCGUGGGACGUCGGGGUCGCCCCUCCAAUGCCGGAAGACUUGGCCUUCGUCCGUCUGGUGGGCGGAUGCAGCGGAAGCGGAGAGGACCACCUCUACCUCGUCGGCGGGAUCGGAAGCGAUGGGAUCUCAAGGAGCCUAAAACUGUGGGAGCUCGUGGGGCGGAAGGAAGAGAGAAGGGGCAGAGCUUGGGAGGAGAUCGGGCGGCUGCCGGAGAUGAUGUGCCGCAAGUUCAUGUCGGUCUGCUACCACAACUACUCCCAUGUCAACUGUCUCUGGCACGAGGGGCUUGUUUGCAUCUGCUGCACCACCUGGCCGGAGGUGCUGUUCUUCAAGGUGUCAAGGGGGACUUGGCACUGGCUGCCGCGGUGCCCGAUGCUGCCAGAAAAGUGGAGCUGUGGAUUCCGGUGGUUCUCCUUCGUCCCCGACCUCUUUGCUCUGGUUUGAUCCUUCUCUUCUGUUCAGGAACUGUUGCAAUGCAUAUAUCAACUUGAGACGCAUCCUUUUCUUUCUCUUUCUUGCUCUGUCUUUUCUGGCGAUCGAUUGAUGGUAUUUAGGUGUUGUCACUCGUAAAAAAUUCUGAGCUUGAACUACUUGCGUAUGAACUUCUUGUUCUGCAAUUUUGAGAUGAAGCAUAUCAUCCGAAGAAUGCAUGUAUCAGUUGAUCUUA